AUGGGUGAAUGUCUUAUGUUCGGUUUGGAUUUGGAAUCUCGGUAUCUGUCGAAUGUACCAGCAGAAGAAGAUGUCAUAAAUUUGCUCAUCGGUACUCACAACAUCAAAAUGGAUAAUCAGAUAUGUCGUCUGUCACUUGAUGGCGAGUACUCUCGUAUUUCAUCGUUAUCGUUUCCUCAUACAGUUGGGGAGGUACGAGGGCUGGCCGCUUCACCGUCCAAUGCCGACAUCGUUGCUUCGGCCUCUGCUAAUUGUGAGUCGACGUUUUUUAUGGGUUUGCCUGAAAAAAGGCCACUUAGUGGUACAGCACAUGCACAAACGUGGAAUCCUCAUGGUGAUGGUAAUUCGCUCGGCUUGGCCAUCGAUAAGGACAUAGCCUGUCACGAUCUGCGAGCAGCAGGAGAGUCGUUACGAAUCAAAGAUGCUCAUGCUCAUCGGGCGUUGCACUUGGACUUCAACCCGAAUCUGCAACAUGUUGUUGCCUCUUGUGGUGACGACGGAGCUGUCCGAUUAUGGGAUUGGCGAAAUCCAAAUUCCACUCUUGUGACCGUAACUCCACAUGCACAUUGGGCUUGGCAGGUGCGGUUCCAUCCCGUCCACGAUCAGCUAAUUCUCUCAGCUGGAAGUGAUGCCACAGUUGUUUUAUCGUGCGUUGUUUCCGCAAGUAGUGAAGUAGGCGACUUGGGCCUAGAUGACACAACAGAAGGCGAGGAAACAGAUAAACUGGAGGAUGGUCAAUUGGAACGGAUAGAAGAGCAUGAGGAAUCCGUGUAUGCAUGUUUAUGGGCAGCAGCCGAUCCGUGGACGUUCGCCUCACUAUCAUAUGAUGGACGGGUGGUAAUCUCAAGAGUCAGCCGAAAGCACAAAUAUGCAUUGAUGAAACUAUGA